GCGACAGCAGUCUCUAGAGCGCCAUGGCGAUCCACUUGUGUGAUUGUGUUGGACGUGGUUAAACAUGGGCCUGUGGGCCUACUCAAACUCGAGACCCCAUAACCCCGCACCAAGCUGUGUGAAUAUUUCCUCGAGGCUGCCUCUGCCUCGUUCCUGAAGAUCAUAGCAAGGACGCCACAGUACCAGGUGCUCAAGUCUGUGACAUCGAAAACGUUAUGUACGAUCCAGAGUCGCCAACGGGAUCUCCAGGCACACCAGAACAUGAGGUCGACGAGACUAGGUUCGAGAAGGAAACGUCUGGCAAAGACUGCGCUGGGGAGCACAAUGCCAAGGAAAAAACAAAAAAUACCGGCGGCGUCCACGUCCGUUCUUGGGGAAGAAGAUGAAGUGAGCAGCACCAAGAGUGAAGGCCAAACAUCUGAAAUCAGUUUCAAGGACCUUGAGUCCCUAGCUAUGCCCGAUGUGAAAGACAGUCCACAAGUGAUCUCACCGUGCGAGACCCUUGUCGAAGUACCUCCUCAGGUGCUGGACGCUUUGAACGACAAUGAACAUGCACCGUCCGUGACUCCUUGUGGUGAGGUGGACGGAUGUGGUGUUGGUGAAGUGACAGAGAAUGACAUCCCAGUGGAAGGCAAAGAUUGUGAACUGUCUUGUGCGCAAGUGGUGAUUGUGGCCGGGAGGACAGAUGCAGACGAUCAGAGCAGUCAGUCAACUGAGAACACCGCGGAAGAGGGAACACAGGACGAAUCUAGCGUGGCGUCUGCAACGGACAGCCAGACUUCAUCGUCUGAAAGUACGUCAACGAAACGUCGACGAGGGCGAACUCAGAGGGUGACACCGUCCAAAGUUAAACCCGAGCAAGACGCUCCUGUGACAACGGAAGAGGUGGGGGAAAACAAUGGACCAACUACACGGAGGAGGAGCAAUAGGCUGCGCUCAAACGAGAAGAAGCCCGAGACACCCGUGAAAGUGAGGACGCCAAAGGGAAAGAAGGGGAAGAAGAAGAAAGAUGAAGAAGAGGAGCAAGGGGAAGAAAAGGGAGAGGCUCCCAAAGAGGAAAAGGAGGAAGUGAAAGAGAAUGAGCAGGUUGAGUCUGUGGUGAUGACGGUGGUGAAUGUGGAAGAUGAGGUUCAACUGAAGGAAGAGGUCGAGACCAAGGUAGAAGAGGAGGAGGAUAUAAAGCUGGACAGUGAACAGGACCCUCCCAGUACCGCGGAUGAAUAUGCCAUUGUAGACGAUGCAGGAGAAUCGUCGGACAAUGCGGGCGAGAAGGAGCAAAGCAGCUCUGCUCCAGAAUGUGAGGAGAAUAUAAAAGAGACAGUCGAAGUUGUAAAGGUAGCGGAAAAGCAAGAUGGAGUAAACGACGCAGACAAGCCCUCGGUCGCUCCGAGCACUACCACUGGGAAAGAAGAAGUUAGCGAUAAUCGCAACAGGCGUUACUACAGCAGUCCGGACAAGGGUUUGAGCUCUCCCUCAAAAAGCCCGUCAUCGCGAACGAGAAGAAAAUCUCGAUGGGCGGAUGCAGAGCCGAAAGUGGUGGACGAGCCCUCAGUUACAGGUGUUGAGCACGCGGUGGAAAACACCUCCACCAGUGAGUCCCCCAUGCCCCCUCCCAUGCCACCCUCUUCACCUUCAAGGACUGCUUCACCAUCGAGAAAGGACGAUUCUGCGAAGCCCGAAAAGGUGAAGUCACGCUGGCGAAGAAGCAGCGAGCUGGAAACUAGCGACAGCACGUCAGUGUCUCAAAAGUCUGACAGCCGAGCCCUACCGCCAGCGAAAGUCGCGGAGGGCAAGUCCGGGUCCUCGCGGAUCAGGUCACCUCCCAAGGCGUCGUCGCCGCAGAUCAAGUCCGCUCCUUCGGACAGUCAGCUCCUCUCUGACGGAAAGGCGGUACUCUCGCGUCGAGAAUGCACUCCCCCGAGAGAGCCCGUGAGAGCAAAGAGGGAGCCAGAACCGCCCUCAUCUCCAAGGGAGGUCUCCAGGACCAAGAAGGAGCACAAAUCUCCCUCGCCUCCGGAGGAGCCGAUUAGAGUCAAGAAAGAAGCAGAGUCUCCGUCGAAAGGAGGGUACGAAGAAAUCGACGAAAACAUCUACCGGUUUGAGAGGAAAAAGUGCAAGAGCAAGAAGGAAGUGCGCCGCAUGAUCUGUGACUGCACGCUGACCAAAGAUGAGAAGAAAAGAGGUAUCAUGGGCUGUGAUGAAGACUGCCUCAACCGCCUACUUAUGAUCGAGUGUGGUUCGCGUUGUCCCAUUGGAGAUAACUGCAGCAAUAGGAGGUUUCAGAAGAGAAGCUAUGUGAAAGUGGAAAAAUUUCAGACUGAGAAAAAGGGCUUCGGACUAAAGACCCUCGAGACCUUGGCCUCGGGUGCAUUUGUGAUGGAGUACGUUGGAGAGGUGCUGACCCCGGAAGACUUUCGCAAACGGGUGAAGCUGUAUGCCCGUGAAAAUCACCAACACUACUACUUCAUGGCCCUGCGCGCGGAUGAAAUCAUCGACGCCACUCAGAAGGGCAACGUGUCACGCUUCAUCAACCACUCCUGUGAUCCAAACUGUGAGACACAGAAGUGGACCGUCAAUGGAGAGCUUCGUAUCGGGUUUUUCACCAGGAGACCAGUGAGGGCCGGGGAAGAGCUAACGUUUGACUACCAGUUUCAGAGAUACGGCAAAGAAGCGCAACGUUGCUACUGCGAGUCGAGCAACUGCCGAGGAUACAUUGGGGAGGACAACAAGAUGUCGCUGAAAUCCGGAAAGAACGUUGCGCCCAAGAGGAAGAAGGAGGAACGCAAGCGGGACACUGUCGAGGAUCUUGCUAUGGAGGAGGAGAUUGAGAAGCUAAGCGGAGGCCUUAGGAACAGGGAACAUACUCUCGUACUUGCUCGGCUCAUGGUUCGAGGAGAAGACAUGGACACUCGACGUAGACUACUUGAAAUCAUUCAGAACACAACAGAAACGGCAUGCCUUCGCCUGUUUUUGGACUAUCAUGGCUUAUCGCUGCUGUGGAGCUGGAUGGUGGAUAUUCCUGAGAAUGAACUCUCGUUGAAAGGAGAGAUCCUCAACGUGUUGAAGGCACUGCCGGUUCCAAACAAGACCAUGGUGAAGGACAGUAAGGUGAUGGCUGUUGUCCAUCGGUGGGCUUCCGAACUCUCGGAAAUGAAGGCAUCGGGGAAGGUGGCUCCGGCAAAAGUUGAACGGGAAGCUGACGAAAAAGUGGAUCGUCCCAACAAGAAGGCGAGGCUCACAACGGAUGGGGAUGCUGGCCAGGACAGUGAUGCCUCAGAAGGGGCUGGCACCCAGUCGAGGUCGUCUUCCACGCCUGUCGUCUGUUCACCAGACUCUACACACACAGACCGAGAAAACGGGGAAUGCACUCCGGUUCAGACAGGGAAGGUAGUUGAGGACCUGUCGCAACUUACAUCGACGCUUUUGGAUUCCUGGAGUGAACUGAAGGAGGUCUUCAGAAUUCCCAGGGUAGAACAGGAAAAACGUAGGGAAGACGAACGGGAGGCCGACCGUCGAGAACGUGAGCGGAAUCGCAAGAACAGAGAGCGGGACACCCGUGACGGUCGAGAGGGCCGAGACAGGGAACAGCGAGACAAUAGGGAUGGACGUGAUAGGGAUAGCCGCGACGGUAGGGAUAGCCGAGACGGUUGGGACAACAGGGACAGCCGAGAGAGGUGGCACGACUCGCCCCCCGUGAGGGAUUGGCGUCGAGAUCACGACAGGUCAGACAGGAGACGUUUUUCAGCGUCACCGGAACGUCGAGAAGAAAAGAAGUCGUCGUACGGGCGUCCUGAUCGUCGUGGCGACGCCAGCUUCUCGCCCAAGAACAGAAAGAGAAUAUCCUGUAGUAACCUAGAGGUCAGGCAUUCAGAAGGUUCUCCGUACGACGGUUCUGUAGAUGACUCAACUUGGAGCCGUAACAUGCACAUCAGGCCUCUGCUGCCCACACCACCUACACUUACAAAGGAGGAAAGGCGUCACCUGUUUGCACUGGAAGUGCAGCAACGAGACGAAGAGGAGGCGCUCCGAAGGCAGUACAUGACCCCCGCGUUCCCUCCGCCCCCACAACCCGGUGGACAACCCCCAAUUUACAUGUACGAGCCAGGGGUGUACGGACCACAGGGAGCCCCCGCUAUGGGGCCCCCGACUUUCUACGAUCCCCAGUUGGGUGCCCCCAUGCAGGCCCCUGUACAGGCUCCUCCGCAAGAGUACAUGCUGCCUCCAGGAACUAUGUUGGCUCCACCUAUGGGAAUGAUUCCCCCCGGCGACCCUCAGCACCCACCACAACAGAUGAUCUCGAUGCCCAUGCCGCCACAUGCCAUGAUGCCGUUGCCAGCACAGCAGUCCCACGGGACGCCACCUCGAAUGUCACCAUUCCAGGGCGACCCCCUGUUAAUCCCACUGCCCCCAUCUCAGUCCCCCGAGGACGAAGUAACGCCGCAGAACCCCGAACCCGUGUCGUCCCCUACGUUAGACAGCACAGAAGCAGCAGGCGGCGGAGAUUCGCAAGAGAGUUACAGCCCAAUGCCAGGUUAUCCAGUGCAUGUCAUGGGGCAGGUGACGUCAACGGUGGUGCCUCCAUUUCAACAGCAGCAACCUAUACCCGGUGCACCUCAAGGCCUCCCACAGGGCCCAAUACCAGGGGCACCGCAGUUUGUCCAGCAACCGGGUGUGCCAGGUGUCUACCCCCCGGGGGCACAACCAGUCCCGUAUGGGACGGGCUAUGCCCCUCCUCAGAUGGCACAGCCGGGGAUGCCUCCGCCCAUGCAAGCUGGUAUGCAACCUGGAGUGCCACCCGGUAUGCAGCCCGGCAUGCAACCAGGAAUUCAACCCACUAUGCAGUCUGGCAUGCAGCCAGGGGUGCAGAUAGCCAUGCAACCUGGAAUGCAGCCUAAUGCACAGCCAGCCAUGCAACAGUUGUACUACAUCCAGCCACAGCCCCAAGUGGUUAACGAACAAGGGGCCCCCAUCCCAGCUAUGCAACCAUUGGCACAGAUAGCUCCAGCAGUCAUGGAAGCUGCAGUGUCGUCACAGGGCACCGCAGAACCCUCUCCACAGGCACCUCCAAAAAAGAUCAAGCUUCCUCCGCACUGGAAGACCGCAAAGGAUGAAGAAGGGAACAUUUACUACUACCAUGCUCUCACAAGGGAAACACAAUGGGACCCACCAUCGGGUGACGAAGUUGAGGACGACAUGGAUCUCGGUACGCCCACUUAUGACGAGCCAAAGGUGAACAGUUCUGUUGGAAGCAUGAGCUUUCGUGUCAAAAAGACGAGCAAGAAAAAGACUACGACUGCAGCAGCAGACACUUCCGAGGUGGCAAAAAAGAUAAAGGAACUAUUCCGUACAAAGAUAUCCUCGCACAUAGUUCAUUGCCUCAGCCCGUACCGGAAGCAAGACUGCAAGAUAGGCCGCAUCCAGAGCACAGAUGACUUCAAACACUUAGCACGAAAGAUGACCCACUUUGUGCUAGCCAAGGAACUGAAGCACUGCAAAAACGUAGAGGACCUUGAGUGCAACGAAAACGUCAAACACAAAGCGAGGGAAUUCAUUAACAAAUACAUGGCAAAGUACGGCCCCGUCUACAAGAAGGACCCCAAGGACGAGUGACAAUACGAUGCUCUACGUUCUACAAAUCAUUCGGCAUUCGUGACUCUCACUUCGGCCAACGAAGCAACUGUGAAUAAUCAUGCCGCGACACACAUGGUUGGCUGACUAGUGACGUUCCAAAACUGAUAGUAUUUAUUUUACAAUUUUUCAUUUGGACGGGUGCACGUGCGUGCCAGUGCGCAUGGACAAUUGUUAGAAAUGGACUCCACGUUGCGUGGUUGCAUCUGUUCUUCCCUCCUGUUUCGAUGUGCAUUUGCUGGGCACGCCAGUAUCAUGUAGUGCUAUAACUCAUUGAAGUAAUGUCUCCUGUACAUAGACUGCCAGAAUGGCACAUCACAUUACCGUAUUCACCGCCCAUUAAAAACUGUUGCACA